AGUGGCAGAGUGGUACAGUAGUACUUGGAAAAAUUUAUUGCUUUACUGGAAUUUUCCAUUUUUAUUUAAUGGUUUUGAAUUUGCUCAUUACUGCAUUACGAUACUCUGUGGGCAAGUCCCGAAGAACUACAAUUUCCAGAUUUUAUUGGGUUAAUUAGACUACUGGUGUAUCCAAAUGCAACGAAACUUAUCUCAUAUUAUAUUUCUACGAACCAGUGACAGCCAAUCCACAGUCAGAUGAAAAAAUGGAGAUGCCCUUCUAUGCUUCAUUUACCAUUUUACUGAAAUCAAGACAGUACAUGUUUAAAUUUAUUUAUUCUAUGAUUAAAACUACACAUAAAAUACAAAUUUACUGCCAUUUUUAAACGAAAACUCAAUUUCCAGUAAUGACCUAUUCUUUUAGUUAUAUUUAUUUUGAUUGCUUAUGUAAGUAUGUACCGUAACUAGUUGGGUGAUGAUAUUUAAUUCUAGAACUAUUUCAACUGGAUUUUCAAGUGAAUUUGAGGUUGAUUUUAUUGUAUUUUGUCAUUUUCAGCAUUAUGAUCUUUAUUUAUUUAUGAGGUCUGGACAUUUUGAUAUGCUAUGAAUACUGAAAUAUGAUGACAUAUGUUUGAAUAUAAAGUUAUAAGUAGAAAAGGAUAUAGAAUUUAAACGAUGGCUAUAAAUCUCUUGGGUAUUAAAAGACAACUACAAGUAUACCAACGCUCAAAUCUGGAGGGAAAAGUUGUUCGUUAUGACAAUCAGCCAGACAAAGUCGGUUGAGAUUUUGAUGAACAAGUUACUCAACUCCGAGCGUCUGAUGUUCUGGCAAACUGCUAUGAAGAAUAUGAUGGUGACAUCACAAUCACUAUUAGUAGAGAUUCUCCUAAGAAGCAAACUAUUCUCCAUCAUCCGUGUUACCAUGACAACAACCUAUUCCCAGUUUGGCAAGCUUUCAGCAAUCUUGACAGAAAAUCCACUGGAGCAGUGCUACUUGGAAGGAUAAUGAGUCUUUCGUCAAUGGUUGGUCCUGUAUUGAAUGGAAGAUAUUUAACUGAGAAGACAGUUCAUGAACAAUUCAUAAACACAACUCAUGUUUCGUUUGUUCAAUUUAAAAUCUUUAUCGAGAAAUGUGUUGCCAGAAAUCCUCUCUCAUUUGCAAUAGAAUGGGAGAAAUUAAGAUCAGCAUGUUGGAGACAGUGUCAAUCCUGGCAUUUAAAUCCACCUCCAUGCGAAGUUCCCAACGAUGAAAUACCUCCAGAACUUCAUCAUUCAUUCUACUGGUUAUGGUGUGUUUUUAAUCAAAUUGCAGAACCUGAUACAUAUCCUCCAAGUGCUGAUAAUGAAGAGAUCGAACUGAUCUUGCGGAAAUUAUGUUCAAGCAUUGGUAUAUUAUGGGAAGACAGUGAUGACAAUGUAUCGUCUGUAUCAAGCUCAUCUUUAUCAUCGAUCCCUCAUGAACAUAAUGGAGUCAACAACAACGGCCUGAAAGCUUACGAUGGUAGCUCUAUGAGGGCUUCAACGAUUAGAAGGAAUUCUUAUGUGAGGAUAGUGGAAGAAGAAUUACCUAAUGAUCCAGAUGAUUGUAUUGUGGCAACAGAAACACUGCUGGUUACUUUUCAUCAAUUUUUAUCAAUCGUGGCUGAAACAAUGGGAUCCGAGACUAUUCUUUCUCCAGCCUUUGGAAGAGCUGUAAAACAAGUUUAUUUGACAGAAGUUGAAGAAGUUAUUAGAACGGGUUGGAUAUCUAUGAAGAAACCUGGUACCGAUGUUUGGAAGAGAAGAUGGGGAGUUCUGAAAAAACAUAAUAUUGAAUUCUACUCUGAUCCUAUCUGUGAUCUUCUCAAAUAUCAGAUUACCUUGAACAACAAGAUGCAUGUGGAAUCCCUACCUGAUGCCUCAUCUCAUAAACAUCGGUUCCGUCUUGUGGAAAGAGAAGGAGAUUUCAACAUUGCAUGGGAGGCCGAGAUGAGUUGUUCUGAUUCACAACAUUCGCAUUCCUGGAUGUUAUGCAUGAAUUUAACAAUAAAAAUUCAACAAACAGGUCUGACUGCUAAACGAAUUGAAAUUGCCGAGCGAAGGUUGGAAAGACACAGAAGAAGGGAGAGUGAAUUGAAUGCAAUUGAAAAGAAACGAGAAGUAAAAAGAACAAGAAAACGAUUGCAAGAAGUUAGAGAGAGAUGGAAUUUAAUGCAAACUAAAUUGAACGAGCGCGCGUUAGCUCGUGAUAAAGCGAUGGAAACAAUGCAGAAGAUGGAUGAAAUAUAUGACAGACUCCAAGCACUUACUAAGAAACAAUCUCUUAUCAGGAAAGCAAAUGCAAGAAUAAGAAAUGCAUUUCCAAGUAUGUCGAGUGAUAGUGGUGUAGAUGUGAUGAAUAAAGAGGAAAAAACAUUGAUUGAAUCAAGGGAUGAAAAAUUAACAGAAUAUCAAGAUAAAAUGAAGAAAAUCGAAGAUGAAAAACAAAUUUUACAAGAACAAUUGCUGGAACUCCAAGCAUCAGCCAUAUUAUCCAAAGAUUCAGAAAAAACUUUAAUCUUAGUUUAUGGACCAGAACGUCAAGCUGCCUUUGUUCAAGAGGAACAACUAAGACAAAGAUCAGCCAGCGUUGCUGCUUUAAAACCACCCUCAGGAAAUAGUCACAGAAGAUCAAACAGCCCGUUCCGUAAAAACACAAUUCCUGCAAUUUCAAUCUCUACAUCGGCAUUAACAAACAGUCCUUCUUCCUCUCCUGUGUCAAGUUCAACUCGCUUGAUUACUGAAUUUUCACAAUCACAUCCAGAAUUAAGUAAUGGGGAUGGUAUAUCGAGGAAUAAAGGACUAAGAAGUCAAACUACAAAACAGAAGAAAACAUCUUUUGACUCCGAUAUGUCAAAUUUAAGUGGUGAAAGACUUGUGUGAUUUGAAGAUGAAGCGCAUAAAGGGAUGUAAAGGGAGUUGAGCCGGUUAUAUCUGUUUGGAAUGGUUCAAUGGGAAUUGUUUGUACUCCCGAAGUAUGUGAACCGAGCUGACGAACACCUAAUCGUAGUAUGUGUACCAGGUUAGGGUUAUACCAUGAUUUCAGGUACAAUUACUACUGGAGUCACUUGACUAGUGCCCAAACUCGUAAUAGAACUAGAAUAAGGAAAAUUAGAAUAAAAUUAUGUCCUAUUCCUAACCCUGGUACACAUACUACGUUCCGGUUUCCGCCAACUCGGUUACAUACUUCGGUAAUACCAAAUUGUUAUGUAUUUUAAAGAAAUAUUUUUUACAUGUAAUGUUUUAUUAUAAAAAUAUACCUCUACUUUUUAGGUAUUGCAAAAUGCAGAUAUCUUUUUUUUUAUACUGCUUUUAAGCAAAUUAUUGAACAUGAGUAAAUUGUAUUGAAUUAUUAUAAUAAGCAAGUGUUGGUAUAGUUAUUGCAAAGGUAACUCAGUGUUAUUAAGAAAAUUUUAUAUUGCAGUAAUCUAGUUUUCCAUCAAAAUCAGAUAAAGUGUGUCU